CGUCGGUGUGUGUUAGUGACUAGAGACGUUAUGCUGGUUCAAGGGACGUGCUAUAACCGGCCAACGGUAAUACUACUGCCGGGGCACGGGAUAGGGAAUGUUUAGUCUAGUGCACUUCGCGUCUAGCGGCAGGUCUUCUUCGGUGGCACCGACAGUGACUGGGUGACGACUGGGUGGUAGUUUCGGAUUUGUCGUCGUCGUGAACCGGUGUCCGCGCACGCAUCGGUUGGGCAUCGCGUCGCUCGCGCAUCUAUCUUCGCAAUCGCCAGUGAUGGUUCGCCCGAAAAUGCCUUGAGAUCGUCAAUCGAAAUCGAUAACCGGCCGACCCUAGACGACGUCAUUUUGAGGGGCGUGGAUCGUUGCAGUGACACACCUAAAACGAGUGAUCGAAAGUUUAUGCACGGGCGCGCGCAUUUGUCAAGAUAUUUUUCGUAAUAUUCUGAUACUCGCCUGUAUCUACUGGACCGUCCCGUAGGGCCGUUAUCUCAUCAAACCCCGAAGAAAACACACGCACACGAGAGUGGGGCUUAUCGGACAAUUAGCCGAACCUGAGGGUAUAGUUAUCAGUUUCGUAGGGAAGUUCUUCGGUGUCGGUAGUGCAAGGUGUACCCAUCGACGAGCCCUGAUAACCAAAGUUUCCGGGAUAUAGGUGGUGUGCAUUAAGUGCUGCUGCUGCUGCUGCUGCUGCUCAUGAGAGCUGCUUCGGUGCUGGGGUGGUCAUCGAGGUGAAGUCGAAGCGAGUGACCACGACCUGCAGUUUCGGGUGGUUAGUCGUGCCGGGACCGGCCAAGUUCGCAGUUCGCCUACGUUAGGCUGCAGUUUACCUUUAGUGAUCUCGUGAAAAGUAACCAUGGUUCAAUCGCACUCGUUCGUCGUGUUAAGCGGCUGCAUAGUUGUACUGUUAGUGGUGCACGCGGUUUACGGUGCCGUCGGAAGAGACAAGCAGCCCUUAGAGGGUACCUACGAGGAGUACGACGAUGACGGACCGUACCAUCGACCGAUCGACGUGCCGGAUGAAGGCGACUACAACUAUGACUACGAUGGGGUGGAGCCGUCGUCGACAGUGAAAGCAGCAGUGGCCAGCGCACCAGCGGUGGACUCUUCUCAGGAGUCUCCGAAUCUCCUGAACGGUGACUUCGGUGGCCACCAUGAUCCACCGCCCAGUGAUAUCGAGCAACUGUUUAAAGGAAAAUCGGUACUGCCGGUACUGGAAGGUCCGGGAAGUGAGCACCAGAAUCAUACCAACGUGACUACACUAGGGGUGUUACCGUCUACUACGGAGCUUCCGGUUGACGCUGAUUGUAGCCGCUAUCAAAAACUGUCCGUUCAACCAACGUACGUUAAUAGCACCAAGAGUGUGAUAAGAAAAUGUUGCCCGAUAGGUCAACGUAUGCUGCACGAUGGUACCAGAUACGUGGAGUGUGGAACGGACGACUUUGAUACGGGCCCCAUAAGUUCAACCUUCGAGAUGAAAGCGAUCGUGGCCCAGCUGCACGAGGGGUGUAUCGAAGAUCGCGAAGAGGACAUUAACCUGCGGGUGCUAGUUGGUGAACCGUGCCCGAUGGACUACGGAUUGAUUGCCUACGGUAAACGAACGAAGGACACGCUGUACGUGAUCCAGAACGGUUCACUACUGGUGGUACUCGAUCAGAUGCUGGAGUACUAUAUCUACAAUGCGUACUGCCUCGAUUUCGAUCCCCGAGAUGGUUCGCUAAUCGCGUACGUCUGUGUUUCGGACGUAGAGAUGCCACCGGACGUGUUUGGUGGCCAGAUGGUAAUGCUUACGCUGUGUCUCAUAAUGGCCGUUCCGUUGCUGCUGGCUACUGCCUUCUUUUACUCCGUCAUUCCCGAGCUGCACGAUGUACACGGUAAAGCGUUGGCUAUGAACUGCAUUAAUUUCGCCAUUGCACUGCUGCUGGAGACAUACUUUCAAUAUCGCACGCAUGGCCAUCGGUUGGACUCGGAUGAGAUUGUGCUGGAAAGUUACGCCGAGUACUUCAUACUGGCCACCUUCUUCUGGCUCAUGGUGAACAUCGCCAACAACUGUCUCCAUGCUUGGCUUUUCUUGCCAAAACAUCGAAUACCGACCAACGACAGGAAACGAUUCGUAGUGUACGCUUGCAUUGCGCAGCUAGUGCCCUUGUUCAUCAUCCUGAUAUGGGGUGCAACAUCAGCCGGUGGUCGCGUUUUGAAACACUACUUUUUUGUGCCGAUCAUUGUGGUAUUGGUAAUCAAUAAGAUCCUGCUGGUUGCGACGAUGAUAGGGCUGGGGCAAGUUAAACAGAAACACUUCUACCUUAGCGAGGUCCGGGAGCGUUUGGUAGUGGCAGAUAGAAGAUCAGAAGCAAUGAAACUUCCCUUGAUCCCGUGCGAUCGGCUCAACAAGGUUAUUUAUAUGAAUAAGUACACCUCGUUCCUGUACACGGUGAUGGCCCUCGUGUGGAUUGCUACGACUAGCAUUUACUACAUAACUGGCGAGAUCCCCAUCUUCUUCGAUAUUCUGUUUGGCUUCCAGGGGAUGUUUAUGUUUCUGUUCUUUAUCUGUAUGCGGAAACCGUUCCGUGUGGUACAGAAUUGGUUCUCACGAAACGGUUACUGCACGACGUUCUGUUACACCGAACCGCAAGAUACAGUGGAAGAACCACCUCACGCCGGCCAUACAACAGUGCUGGAAGUGGAACCCAUAGUCUUCGCUAGACGAGUGCAAUCAGUGGCAGCGGAAAAGAAUGGUUCGGAAAAUUGUGCGCCAGACGAGCUGUGCAGGGGUGGCCAUGUACCGAAUGACAGGCGGAAAUACAGCAAAAAUCCGUUUAAGUACGUGCCCCACGAUUCCUGUACCCAUGCCCCGCAAACACGGCCCGGAUGUUGAGCACAUUCUGCCCCGCA